AUGGCGCCGGUCAUAUGGGGUCUCGACCUACGAGACAUGAAAUGGAGCAUGUUUGGAAGCCAGUGGAUGUGGAAGAACAAAGAUUACCACCUCCGGCGGACGAAGUUCGUCAUCUACCAACUUGCCAUGAUUUGCAUGGUCGUUUCUGAAUCAAUAGGCACCGCUGCCCUGUCAGAUUACGUCAAACAACAAUCGACGAUAGAGAGGUUACACUCAUCAGCAAGCGUCCACAACGAUGACUUCGUCGGCAUCGCAUCGUACAAUAUCUUCUGCGGCAUUGUUGUCGCGACCAUCUUCGGCGCGGGAUUCUUCUUCGAUCUCUUCUUCCCUGAGCGCUACGAGCCCAAGAACAUUCGCUGGGCAUGGAGACUCAGUGCCGUCUUCGUCACGCUUUGCACCAUCGCCGAUGCUCUGGCGUUCACGGUCAUCGUGGCCACUGGCAAGGCCUGGAUCUCUGCCAACUCCCAAGACGCAGAGCAGAUUGCCCUUGAGCAUAUCAAUCCUCCUUUGGUGUACCGACAUAAUCAUAGAGCCAUCGCAGCUACCGUGUUCUUGUGGAUUGGCAUGGUUGCCACAGUCGCCAGCUGCAUCAUUCUCUGGAUGUACUACGCACAUCUCGACGCCCAUGGGCCCAAAUCCCGCUCUGCCCGCAUGCGAGAUGAAUUUGACAAGACCACCUUGGUCAAUGAGAGGGCUCAGUCCGGCAUGAGAUUGCACGAGCAGAUGAGAGAGCAAACGGUCUACAACACGACCACCGGUAAAAGGCAAGUCACCCCCGCAAAGCAAUCCCGGCGUGACAGCCUCGAGCUAACCCCAUCUCUUAGCCCGGACAAGCCUUGA